UCAUAUCUGUAAGAUGUCUUAAGGUGUUUAAUUGUCAAGUCGACUGUUUUAUCUAAAAAUUCCUUUAAAGCAAAAGUUGUAAUGUUUUUCUAUUUAUGGACUAUUUUGUCUUUAUAAUGUUUUGUACAGCAAAUUAAUAUAAAAAUGCACUCACUAACAAUGUUAUUUGUGGCAUCAUUAUUAUUUUCAGUAAAAGGUUAUACAUUUAUUGAUCUAAAGACUUCAUAUAUAAAAUAUAAACAAUGGCCUGCUCAUCAGUACGGGGACUUAACAUUUAGAUUCAAAACAAGCAGUCCUUAUGGUUUGCUGCUUUACAGUGACAAUAGUAAAUCAAAAGUUUCCACAUCACAGAACUUUAUAAAACUGCAGCUUACCAAAGGAGAGUUAGAGUUUACAGUACAACAUGGUUCAGAAGAUUAUAAAUCUAAAAAAAGUGUUACGAUAGGUAAAAAUUUAAAUGACCUAACGUGGCAUGAAGUCAAUAUAACCAGAAAUGAGCGCGAAACUGUCAUUGUAUUAAAUAAAUUAAUUGAGAAAUAUUUGCAAAAUGAUGGGGAAUACGACGAAUUGGAUUUGAACUCUGAUAUUUAUCUUGGAGGAGUUUCAGAUCAGCUAGCAACCAAUAUUGUUGAUGGGGCUGUUUUAGCUAUGCCUAGCAGAUUUGUUGGUUGUGUUGAAGAUUUUAGAUUCAAAGGUAAAAAUAAUUUUGGUGUUUGGGAAGAAUUUGACAAUCAGACUUUGUCAUCUGAGGGAGUAAAAGAUGGCUGUCUAGAUGCAUGCACAACAAAUACAUGUGAAAAUAAUGGACAUUGCAUCAACUAUUUUACUUCAGCCAAAUGCGAUUGUGUUGGAACAGGGUAUUUUGGUAGUAACUGCAGCAAAGAACGCGACUCAAUACAGCUUGAUGGUCAUGGGUACAUUGAUGUAGAAUUACCAGAUCCUUUGAAAUCUACUAUUGAAAACACAAUUAUAAUGAGAUUUAAAACAAGAUCAGAUGGGCUACUAUUGGUUGCGUAUAGUAAAAGUGAUCAUAUAAUGAUUGAGUUAUACCAUGGUAUUGUGAGAAUGAGCAUUGAUUUAGGGGGAGGUUACCAUUUACUAGAAAUUGCUGAUAUAUUAUUUAAUGAUGGCGGAUGGCAUUUAGUGUCCUUAAAGAGAAAUGGAAGAGAAUUUGCAUUAACAGUUGAUAAAAAGUAUACACUUAAAAAAGUAACUCCUGGUUUGUUCAGUAAGUUUAAUAUCCAAGAUCUUUUCAUUGGUGGACAUCCAGUUCUUGAUACAAUUGUGAAUUCAAAAAGUAAAAAUAAUUUCUCUGGCUGCUUACAAGAAGUCUUAUUUAAUGAGAUAGAUAUUGUUUACAAAACGUUAAAUACAGAGAGUAGUCGUUUCCAAAUGGUCGGAAACAUUAAGAAUGGUUGCGAUGUAGUAAAGUCUAAAGUAUUAAGUUCAAGAGAUAGUGCAGGUCCCAUGGUUAGUAAAAGUGGCUCAGUUGACGUUCCAGUUCAGCCAUAUUUUACUCCAAUUAAACCCUAUGAAGUCAAUGAUCAUAUAACAGCUCAAUAUGCUCCUAAAUUCAUUCAUCAGAAAAGUUCAAAAAAAUUAAGCAAGCAAAUAAUAACAUGGAUAAUUAUUGGAAUAAUAGUAGGAUCCAUAGCGUUGAUUGUUGCUAUCGCUAUACUUGUACAUGGUUACAAAAAACGUUAUAGUACGAUCGUUUUAUCAAAAAAGGACAGAAACAGUAAUUUGCUUAACAAUUAUAAAUCGAGUCAGGACACUAUUGUUAUAUAUAAAGCUAAUCAAGGACUUCUUCAACCACGCUUAGUCUAAUAAUUAUUAAAGUUUAUAGUUAUUUAGCCAUGCAUGGAUAGUUAACUAAAUAUAAGACGAAUAUUUCGAGUAGAAUAGAUGGACCGCAUUCUCACUACAAAAGGUUACAUUCAAUGUUUAAAGAAGAAAACGCUUGAAUGCUCUCCAAUGAAAAAUACUUCCUACGAAUAAGUUCGCUUAACAUUAAAAGAACGGAGAACACGAAGAUACAGAAAAAAAUUAAUAAAAUACAUAUUUGUAAUGUAUAUUUUUAUAAAUACAAAAUUGUCCAGAAGCCGAUACGGCUUAUUUCGCUAA